AUGUUUAAUGAUAUCGCAUUGCUGCAACUGAAUACUCCCUUAGAGCUGGACGAUCGUGUCAAGAUCAUUUCCUUGGCCUCCUCAGAACCCAAGGACGGAGCUACAGGCAUCGUCUCUGGUUGGGGCACAACUGAAAGUGAAUAUCAACCCUUAAGACUAAAAAGUGUCAAUGUGACCAUUGUACCGCGGGAGGAAUGUAGUCAGGCCUAUGUGGAUAUAAUGAGGAUCAAUGCGGAGGAAAUCUGUGCUGCCGACCCUGGAAAGGAUUCCUGCAGCAAAGACUCGGGUGGGCCAUUGGUUCACAAUAACGAACUAGUGGGCAUUGUGUCAUUGGGUAAAGGAUGUGCCGAUCCUCAAUAUCCAGGUGUCUAUGUAAAUGUCGCAGUGAUGCGCAAGUGGAUUGAAAAAGGAGCCAAUAAACUAGGUUCAUUGGAGCAAAUAUAAUAUUUUAACUUUAACUAAAAUAUAUAUUCAAA